AUGCCGAAAGUCGUGUCCCGGUCGGUGGUCUGCUCCGACACCCGGGACCGCGAGGAGUACGAUGACGGUGAGAAGCCCCUCCACGUCUACUACUGUUUGUGUGGCCAGAUGGUCCUGGUGCUGGAUUGCCAGUUAGAGAAAUUACCCAUGAGGCCGCGGGACCGGUCUCGCGUGAUCGAUGCUGCCAAACAUGCCCAUAAGUUUUGUAACACAGAAGACGAGGAAACCACCUACCUUCGGAGGCCUGAGGGCAUUGAACGCCAGUACAGGAAGAAGUGUUCAAAGUGUGGACUGCCCCUUUUCUACCAGUCCCAGCCGAAGAGUGCUCCCGUGACCUUCAUUGUAGACGGAGCAGUGGUGAAAUUCGGCCAAGGCUUUGGGAAAACUAACAUAUACACUCAGAAACAAGAGCCUCCUAAGAAGGUUAUGAUGACCAAGCGGACUAAAGACAUGGGCAAGUUCAGCUCCGUUACUGUGUCUACCAUCGAUGAAGAGGAAGAAGAGAUAGAAGCAAGGGAAGUUGCUGACUCCUACGCACAGAAUGCCAAGGUGAUUGAAAUACAGUUGGAGCGCAAAGGCAUGAGCAAGAGGCGACUGCAAGAGCUGGCUGAAUUGGAAGCCAAGAAAGCAAAAAUGAAGGGGACCCUGAUUGACAACCAGUUCAAGUAAUCAAGAUCUUCCUGA